AUGCUUCCUAAAACCCAUAGCGCUUAAUCAUCAGAAUAAUAGUAGAAACAGUAUUUUAUUAUCUUGUAAAUACAAAUUAUAAUAGAGAAAAAAAGUAAUAAAGAAGAAAGUUAAAGGAAUGGACUUUAAAUUGACUCAUUUAAGUCGAAUAAGUUUAAAAGAAAGCAUACAAAUCCAGUUAAUAAAGAUACCACUGCAGUAGCUAUUUGA